AGCACCCAUACGCAACUUUUACAGGGGUGGAAGGCAAAUUCAGUAAAAUUUGCGUGCCGUACAUCGUUUCCCGAGCAAUAUCAACGCGUGGCAGCUGUAGAACACUCGUUCCGGAAGAGCAAGAGGUGAUCUCGAGCGGCGAACCGAGUUGCAUAUAGCUUUGGUCCAAAGGGGACCCCGGGAGCGAGAGAGAGAGAGCCGACACACAAUCCGGAAGCAGGCAGGGGCACACGGACAACAGCGAACCAUGAACUUGCCAGCGGGAUGGGAAAGCGGAACGGAUGCCACCGGACGAACGUUCUACAUGAACCACGAAACCAGGCAAACCCAGUGGAACCACCCGGCCGACCCCACGCCCGAGUCACGACCACCGCCGAGCUACGAGCCCCCGAGCAACGGCCUCUACGCCGAGCAAGGAGUUGUAACCGCCACGGCGGUGACGGCACCCCAGUACGUGGAGACAGUCGGAGCACAACCAGCAGGAAUUCAGUUGACCACGUGUACCCAGGCCGGUCAUCAUCCUCAGGCCGGCGGGGUGGUCACUACGCAGCCCGGUCCUGGACACACAGUGAUUGUGGUGCAGGAGGGGAACCGGAAUAUCCCGCCAAACGCGCCGGAUGGUGGCCAGUGGAAGCAGGAGAGGUACUGCGGGCUCAUCACGUGGCUGGUCGCCCUCUUCGUUGUCCCGUUUAUCGGCUGCUGCAUGCCGUGUUGUCCGUGCGACGAGCGGACAGCUGCUGGGGGGAAAGUAGUCCGUAGUGCGGCGACGGGGCAGCGGAGCUAG